GGUACGGUUCUGUUGCCCCGUGCUCGAAGCAUCCUCUUCGUGAUGGGAGCUCGUUGCCGCGGUGGUGUCGGCAGCAUCCCUCGGUAGCCGAUUCCACGAUCCCCACCGAUGUCGCAGGGCUCGUAUCAGGGUGACACGCGCGGUUCUUAAUUGCUCGUUCGUUCGUUCGUUAGUUCGUGGAUUAAAGAACCGAAACGAGAUAGGAAGCGACAACAGAGAGAAAGAAGUGCGAGUGAGAGAGUGUUAGGUGCGAAGGGUAGGUGUGCGUGCAGAAGCAAGGACACCCGCAAGGAACCCUCCGAACAUCGUGUGUCGAAUGGAGAAACAGUGGUGAGAGAUAGAGAGAUAGAUAGAGAGAGCUGUAGCAGUAUAGAAGACGCGGGUACGAGGAGUUUUGUUCCGCUUGAAAUCACAAGGAUAGAGAGGGGGUAGUGUCUUCAUCAGUGGUCCAUCUUCAUCGAAACAGACUAUAGUCCUAGUCUGUUGAUAAUUAUCACCGAGGUAGCUAGAAAUCAUCGUAACGAAAGAUGUCAGGGAACUAUUCAGCCCGCUGCGAACCCGGUUUGGUUGUGCCAAAAUGGCACCCGGAGGAGAACCUAUACCUCUCGGACAUAAUCUUUCGCGGGAUCGUCUACUUCUUGCUGCUCCUGUAUCUAUUCAUCGGCGUGUCGAUAAUCAGCGAUCGUUUCAUGGCUGCGAUCGAGGUGAUCACGUCGAAGGAGAAGGAACUGGUGGUACGUCGUCCGGGCAAGGAGCCGCAGAUCGUGGUCGUGCGAGUGUGGAACGAGACGGUGGCGAAUUUAACGUUGAUGGCUUUGGGCAGCAGCGCACCGGAGAUCCUCUUGUCGAUCAUCGAGAUCUGGGCGAAGAACUUCGAAGCCGGUGAGCUGGGACCCGGCACGAUCGUCGGCUCAGCCGCGUACAAUCUCUUCGUCAUAAUCGCUCUCUGCGUGUUCGUGAUACCAAACGGUGAGACGAGGAAGAUCAAGCAUCUGAGGGUGUUCUUCGUCACCGCCACGUGGAGCAUCUUCGCCUACGUGUGGCUGUACGUGAUCCUCGAGGUGUCCAGUCCGGGUGUGCUCGAAGUUUGGGAGGGUAUCCUGACAUUCUCCUUCUUUCCGGCCACCGUACUCACAGCCUACGUGGCCGAUCGUCGUCUGCUGAUCUACAAAUACCUUCACAAAGGGUACAGGAUGAACAAGAGAGGCGUGAUCGUGCAGGCCGAGGCUGGCGACUCGGACGGCGGGGUGGAGCUUGAGAUCAAGCCGCAGCAGGACAGCUUCAACAGCAUGAUGGACGCGGAUACGCCCGAGGCGAAGGAAUUCGAGCAAACCAGACGAGACUACAUCAACACUUUGAGAGAAUUGAGAAAGAAACAUCCGACCCUACCUCUCGAGCAACUGGAAGUGAUGGCGCACGAGGAUGUCCUCGGUAAAGGGCCAAAGAGCCGGGCUUUCUAUAGAGUCCAAGCUACCAGAAAGAUGGUCGGCGCCGGUAAUCUAAGCAAGAAGAUCAGCGAAAGGGCGCAGAGCGAUCUUAGCGAGGUCAAGGCCGAGCUACAGAGACAGGAAGCGGAGAGCAUCGACAUCGAGAACGUGAACGCAAUGAGGAUUUUCUUCGAGCCUGGUCACUACACGGUGAUGGAGAACGUAGGCACAUUCGAGGUGGGAGUGACCAGGGUAGGCGGUGACCUAAGCAAACCUUGCACCGUUGAUUAUUGCACCGAGGAUGGCUCAGCCGAGGCUGGCUCCGAUUACAUCAGCGCCAGGGGCACCCUGACCUUCGACCCAGGUGAAACCAAGAAGACCAUCAAGCUGUCCGUGAUCGAUGACGAGCUGUUCGAGGAGGACGAACAUUUCUACGUCAGAUUGAGCAACGCGUCGCAGCCAGCGAUGUUGGUUUCACCCAGUUUGGCCACGGUGAUGAUCCUCGACGACGAUCACAGCGGCGUAUUCGGCUUCCCCGAGAGGGACAUCGAAUUGGUGGAAAGCGUGGGACAGUACCCUUUGAGAGUGGUGAGAUACAGUGGUGCCAGGGGUCGUGUCGUCAUCCCUUAUCGCACCAUCGAAGGUACAGCCAAGCCUGGGAAACAGUACAUGCACACCGAGGGCACGCUUACCUUCGAGGAUAAUCAAACCGAAAAAGUGAUCAACCUGUCGGUCAUCGAAGAGGACUCGUACGAGAAGGACGCUCUGUUCUACGUCGAGUUAGGUGAACCACAACUACAAGGAGCCGACGCAGGAAUCGCAGUCGCGGCGGAAAUGAAGCAGCCGGAAGAGAGGACCGCCGAGGAGAAGAUGGCAUUACUUGGUAAACCGAAGUUGGGAGAGGUGUCCAGAGCACAGAUAAGGAUCAAGGAAUCAAAGGAGUUCAAGAACACGGUUGACAAGCUGGUUCAAAGGGCCAACGCCUCUAUAUUACUCGGAACCAGCUCCUGGAAGGAACAAUUCACGGAGGCACUGACGGUCAGCGGAGGAGACGAGGACGAAGGCGAAGGAGCUGGUGAAGCAUCCGCCCCAUCCACCAUGGAUUAUCUCAUGCAUUCGGUCACGAUAUUUUGGAAGGUGCUGUUCGCGUUCGUGCCACCGACAGAUAUUGCUGGUGGUUACCUAUGCUUUGUCGUCAGCAUAUGCGGAAUCGGUGUGGUGACGGCAGUUAUUGGGGACGUGGCAUCCUACUUCGGAUGCACUCUGGGAAUCAAGGAUUCCGUCACCGCAGUGGCUUUCGUCGCGCUUGGAACUAGUAUCCCCGACACGUUUGCGAGCAAGGUGGCCGCCUGCCAGGACAAGUACGCCGACGCGAGUGUGGGGAACGUGACCGGAAGUAACGCGGUGAACGUCUUCCUGGGGAUCGGCAUCGCGUGGAGCAUCGCAGCCAUUUACCAUGCCUGCCACGGCGAAUUCUUUAUGGUGGAACCCGGCAACUUGGCUUUUUCCGUUACGUUGUUCUGCACGGAAGCGUGCCUGGUGAUCCUGAUUUUACUACUGAGGCGGACAAAGAGUGUUGGCGGCGAACUCGGCGGCCCUUUCGUACCAAAGGUCAUCACAUCCACGUUCCUUUUUUUCCUAUGGGUGUUCUACCUCGUAAUGUCGACCCUCGAGGCCUACGGCGUUAUCGAGGGCUUCUAAGGAGCCCGUUCGACGCCAAACGUCGGCCUACCUGCUGCGUCUAUCUUAAACUCUUACGUCCGCCAAGGCGUGUGCUCAACGAAACGUUCUCUCGG